CCCUGCACCUCCCAUCACAGCUCGGGCCCAUGCGGUGACGACCAAACCCUCGAGCGCACGGACGGACACACACGUGCCGAGGACAUCACCACACCACCACCAUCACCACCGUCGUCGUUCCCAUCAUCACCCUGCAAAGCCAUCGUCAUCAAUACAGCAUCGGCCAUCACAUCGACAACCCCUUCGGCAUUGCCCAGCGUAGAUGACGUCGCGGUCCACCGGGCCGCUAUCUGAACAAAGCUGCAGGGGAGAGAGAGUGGAGUGAGAGCGGGAGAGAGGGGAGAGAGUGGGAGUGAGAGCGAGGCGUGACGAGAGAGGGGGGGGGAGACGGGAGAUAGGAGAGAGACGCGAGAGAGUGGGGCACAGGGAGGCAGAGGCUGGAGAGGGGAGAGAAGACAACGGCACGAGGGAGCCGCGGAACCGACUUGCCCCCUCGCUGACGACCCUACAAGAGGACGGGACGUCUCUGCCCGACCCCGCCCCGUGGAGGAUGUGUUUGUGAUGGUUUCGCGUGACCCCUUCUGGGCGCUAUAUCGACACGGGCGUUAAAAUACAUCCAUUCGGGAAUGAUGUACAAUUACAGAGUACUAUGUCCAUGCUCCUGCUCCUCCUCCCCCUCCUCCUCGUCACUUCGGGCUUCGCGACCCCCGCCCAGGAGCUACGUUUGGACGCGAGGGCUGCCCCCCUCACGACGGGGAGCCCCCCUCACCAACCCCAACCCUCACAAGGGCCCCUUGUACUCCACGUGCGUCUUGGAGACUCCGUCAACCUGAGCUGCAGGGCGAGUGCGCAUCGUGUGACCUGGCGACUCCACCCGCUGGGGGGCGCGCCCCCUGACCCCACAGCCGCCACCGUCGGCCCCCCCGUGCUGGUGCUGCAAUCGGUGCGCGCCACCCAGGCUGGGAAGUACGAGUGCCUGGAGUGGGGCACCUCCACACUCCUGGACGUGGUGGAGCUCAGGGUCGGAGAGCCCCCCGCGGUGCCCGUGCUGCGCUGCCGCUCGCGGAGUUACCCCGAGAGCUUCACCUGCUCCUGGAGCGUGCCAGGGGGGCUAGCCGACACCGUGGUCGCCACGUACUGGCACGCGUCCAACGGCUUGGAGUUGCCGUGCCCCCCCGAGGCCCCCCCCACCGGGGCUUCCUCCACAGGGGCCCCUCCUGCCGCCACGGUGGGGUCCUGCACGGUGCGCGACCCGGUGCUGUUCAGCACGAGCCGGUACCGCGUGAGCGCGAGGGCCAUCAACGCCUAUGGCCACAGCCGCACGGCCACCACGUUCUUCCUGCUCGAUUCCAUUGUGAAGCCGGACCCCCCCAUCGGGGUGACUGUGACACCCGUGUCCGGACAGCCGCGCCAACUGCUGGUCACGUGGCAAAUGCCCCCCACGUGGCCCAACGACUCCGGGUUCCAGCUGCUGUACGUCGUGCGUUCGCGCCACCCGCAGUACGGAACAUGGAGGGUGCUGGACGACGGGGUGGACGAGCCGCGCUUCCUGGUGAAGGACGCUCGGCCCGGCGCGCCGCUGCUCGUCGAGGUGGCGGCGCGCGACCGCUACGUGGGCGAGUGGAGCGAGUGGAGCGGGUGGGGCGAGUGGAGCGGUGCCGGGAGCCCCUGGGUCGAAACCACCACCUCAGAAAAUGUGACGACGGCCGGGAUAUUAACCGCAUCGCCCAGCGGAGAGUGGGGGGAGUGCUUAACAACAGGUCCUCCAAAGUGUACUAAACUCCUCUGCUCCAACCUCUUCAUCCUCGCCACGUUCCUUGGCUUCCUGACCCUCAUCACGGCCUCCGUGUUCCUCUACACUUGUCGCCGCCGCCUCAAGUUCCUCGCUCUGCGUUGCUCCGGGAAGGGGGGCUCCGCUGUGGGAGGAGGGGUGGAGGACCCCCCCUGCUCGACCCCUCUGGAGGGCGUCACGUGCUCUGGGGGGGGCGGGAGUCUGGGCUACCACGCGCUCAAGUCGCCCUCGGGGCCCGUACACUGACACCCCCCCUCGCCCACCCCCACGUGGUAGCCCUUCAUCAGGGCGGUGGUGGAGGUGUUUGGGGGGGGGGUGACACCUCUCCCCACGCCCCCGCAAAUAACACGGGUGACGUCACGGAGUUGCGACAUCCGAGUUAAUUAAUGCAGCGUACCAAUUGACCACGCGUGCCGGCCGUGUCCGACUUCAACGUGCCGCUGAUGUUGAUGUUUAACGCGAAUAUUAUGACGUUAAACAUGAUAAUAUUACUGAUGAUGAUAAUCGUAAAGAUGUUCAUGGUGAUGAUGGUAACAUGGUGAUUAGUUAUGACGUCACGGAGCCUAGGAUGAGAUUCCAGAUUCGUGUUCUGAUGCUGCCGCCUUACCUGGUCUCUCACUCCUUACCUUUGCCUCACCUGUGUCUCACCUGUUUCUCCUCACCUGGUGCCUCACCCCCACGCAUCUCACCUGGUUCCACACCUUAAUUCUCACCUGUGCUUCACCCGAUGCCCCAUCUCUCGCCUGUUCCAUACUCCUCACCUAGUCCAUCACCUGUUGCCUCACCUCCCAUGUAUGCCUCACCUGGUCCCUCACCUCAACGCUCUCCUGUGCCUCACUUGAUUCCUCACCUCUCUCACCUCUCUCGUAUCUCGCCUAUUCCCCAUGUCUUACCAGGACAGACCAAAGCAAAUGAGAGAAACUGAAUGCUCAAGGGUAACAAUGCUACAUUCAUGUACAAAAUGAACGUGGAAUGAUGGCUGCUGUCUGUGGAGCGUGAGGCCUAGAAUUAUAACAACCCAGUGGAACCAAACACAGACAAGGGAUGGCGCUGGGCAUCUUGACGUCCUUAAUAAGUUGCCUUCAAGUACCUUUGCCCACCGCUCUGUAGAAUCAUGGAAGGGUCUUAUUCUUGUUCCCAAUGGCUACCAUUAGAGGGUCUCCUCCAGACUCGGGAAACCCCUGCUCCGAGGCGUUUGGUGUGCCCUGGGCGCAUGCAAGAUACAGGCUGCUAGGCGGAGGACGGGGUCGGACACUGGACUAGGCUAGGCUAGGUCAUACGGGGCCUGCAGAGACGAGUCCAGGCAAGGACGAGGCUUCACCUCACGGUAGCUACCCCCCCCCCCCCCCCCCAGGGCAGGCAGCUCCAGGUGAAAACCCAGGUAGUUUUAGACAGGUCUCUGUGUAGGUAUAGGUAGGUCUAUAGAGAGUUCCAGGCAAGUCUCUGGGUAAAGCUCACGUUAAAAGACGUCCAGAAGAAUGUCUUCUGGAAUGGGGGUUCCUCUUGGUUGGGAGGAGCCGUCCUCUGUGCCCUCAGGAGAUGUCGUCUAAAAGUCAGGGAUUAGUCAGCCUACUGAAAAAAGAUAUUGCCGCGUCAGCUACUGAUGUGAUGAUGGUAGACAUCAGAUUUAGGGACUUAAUAUGUAAAGCUGUUUGAUUCGCAUGUGGGUUAAAAGACAACGUCGUAUCUACGGCUUAUGAUAUCAAUAAAAAUCUAUAAAAGGA